AUGCCGAUUUUGGAAGGUGGUGAAAAUGAAGAUAAAUUAAUUGAACAAUCAACGAAUCGUAUCAAUACAAAUAUUUCAACAAUGACAAAUACAACCACUAUUGAUUGGACACCAACGGAGUAAAAAAACAAAGAAGAGAGAAUACAUGACACUGAUGUUGGGUCACAUAAUGUUUUCAGCCAGUCUACUGGUGAUCGAAUGGCGAAAAAGAAGGUGAAUUUUUUCGUAAUACCCUUAAGUAGAAGCCAAAUGAUUACAGAUCACUGUGAGAAUAGAAUACAGAGAAAAAUGAAAACUACAAAAUGAUAAAUAAUUCAAUAGA